GGCUAGUGCUACACUGUGUGUUGUGCAGGAACAGGCACGACAUAGCUGGAAACCGCCAGCGGAACAAAUGAAAACGAAUACUACUCUUUCAUGUGGAUUAAUUCAGGGCAGAGACACUCACUCGAAGCGAGAAGCUCUUUAAGCGACUUCGGACCGACUGAGGAGGAUUUGGACAUUAGCUACUGUGUGAUAACACCGCCGAAUGGUUUCUCUUGCCCCGCCGCUAAGGUUGCUGGCUAUAAGAAACAGCCAAUAAUGCACAGCAUCUGCUCUGCAGCCACACCCACUUCCUGUUUGUAGAGGAAGCGGCUGUGCCAGCAUGUCCUCUCAUCCCCAGUCCGCACCACCGGGCCGGAGGACUGUGGACACACGGCACCUUCCAAACCCUGCCAGUCUACCACUGCAGCUGCAACGGGCACACACGGAAGUGGGACUGGUUGACUACCACUCUCAUCAUGCCAGGGACUACAGCUCCCACCUGUCCCAGCCCCAUCGCCGUCGGCCCUCCUUACUUUCGGAGUUUCAGCCUGGGAAUGAGAGAGGUCAAGAGCAGCAUAUCCGCUAUGAGCACAUGUACCUGCCAGAGGCCAGCGGCCAAUCAGAGGUGGAGUAUGCGGAGAUCAAAAGGCCUCGUUUAGAGAUGGGACCAGACUCUCUGAUGAGGCCUUCGUCCCACCGGCAACAAUUACCCAUGGGAGGGGCGGAGGAUAUGUCAAAGGACCGUGGAAGUUCCAUGGGGAAGCUGGAGCCAAUCUCCCCUGUGAGCCCGGUCCACAUGGACCCUGACUUGGAUCUGGUGCCGGCUCGAUUCUCCAAGGAGGAGCUGAUCCAGAACAUGGACCGCGUGGACAGGGAGAUCACCAUGGUGGAGCAGCAGAUCUGCAAGCUUCGCAAGAAACAGCACCAGCUGGAGGAGGAGGCUGCAAAGCCACACGAACCAGAGCGGUCCAUCUCACCGCCACCCAGCGAGGCCAAGCACCGCAGCCUGGUGCAGAUCAUCUAUGAUGAGAACAGGAAAAAGGCAGAAGAGGCUCACAGGGUACUGGAGGGACUGGGACCCAGGGUAGAGCUGCCUCUGUACAACCAGCCUUCUGAUACCAAGCAGUACCAUGAGAACAUCAAAAUAAACCAGGCGAUGAGGAAGAAGCUCAUCUUAUACUUCAAGAGGAGAAAUCAUGCCCGUAAGCAGUGGGAACAGAAGUUUUGCCAGCGCUAUGACCAGCUGAUGGAAGCCUGGGAGAAGAAGGUGGAUCGUAUCGAAAGCAACCCGCGGCGCCGAGCCAAGGAGAGCAAGGUGCGGGAGUACUACGAGAAACAGUUCCCAGAGAUCCGCAAGCAAAGAGAGCUGCAGGAGCGCAUGCAGAGCCGUGUUGGGCAGAGAGGAGGUGGGCUGGCCUCGUCUGCAGCUCGCAGUGAACAUGAGGUCUCCGAGAUCAUUGAUGGAAUAUCAGAGCACGAGAACACAGAGAAGCAAAUGCGGCAGCUGGCGGUCAUCCCUCCGAUGCUGUUUGACGCCGAGCAGCAACGCAUCAAGUUCAUCAACAUGAAUGGAUUGAUGGAUGACCCCAUGAAGGUGUACAAGGACCGGCAGGUUAUGAACAUGUGGAGCGAGCAGGAGAAGGACAUUUUCAGAGAGAAGUUCAUCCAGCACCCAAAAAACUUUGGUCUGAUUGCGUCGUUUCUGGAGAGAAAGACGGUGGCGGAGUGUGUGCUCUUUUACUACCUGACCAAAAAGAAUGAGAACUAUAAGAACAUAGUGCGGAGGAACUACAGACGCAGAGGGAGAAGCCAGCACGGCCCGCAGCAGCAGCAGCAACAGCAGCAGCAGCAAGUGCACCGGGGCAGCCAGGAGGAGAAGGAGAAGGAGGAGAAAGAGAAGGAGAAGGAGGGAGAGAGGGAUGAAGAAAAAAAUGAAGCCGAAGACAAGGAAGAUGGAAUGAAGGACGACACCUCUGGAGAAGAUGCGGAGGACAAAGAGCCUACUGUUGCUUUCAAGGGUCGACGCACAGCCAACAGCCAGGGGCGACGCAAGGGCCGCAUCACCCGCUCGAUGACCAGUGAAGUGGAGGAGACAACCACACCGCCACUCAACAAUGAGCUUGCCAAUCUGGAAAUGAAUGAGAGCUCUCGCUGGACUGAAGAAGAGAUGGAAACUGCCAAAAAAGGCCUUCUCCAGUAUGGUAGGAAUUGGUCCGCCAUCGCCAAGAUGGUGGGAUCGAAAACCGUGUCACAGUGCAAGAACUUCUACUUCAACUACAAGAAGAGGCAGAAACUGGAUGAGAUUCUGCAGCAGCAUAAAAUGAAAUCGGAGAAAGAGCGAAAGGCCCGCCGUAGGUGCAAAGCCCUGCAGAAUGAGGAGACCAGUGUCCCGUAUACAGCAGAGGAGGAGGAGAUGGAGGGCUCAGGAGCCAGUGGCAAUGAAGAGGAGGCCCCUGAAGAUGGAGAAGGUGGUGCCAACAACAGCUCUGACACAGAGAGCUUGCCCUCGCCACACUCAUCAGAGGACAGCAAGGCUAAGGAGGAAGGCUCGAGCAGGUCAAAGGCCAGCUCCACCGCCGGGGACAAGGAGGCGUCCGGGUCAGACAUGGGCCAGGGUGGAGAUGAGAAACCUCCACUCAAGGAAGAUGCAGAAUCAUCCAUCAAGCAGGAGAUAAAGACUGAGAUAGGAGAGCCCAACAAAGAGCCAACACCACCCAGCGAUGCCAUAGAUAAAAAACCUCCUACUGCAGAGAUGGAGGAAGUAAUAAGCUCCACCAAGAGCUCCAAGAAGGACCAUCUACCUAAAACAGGUUCCCAUGGGGACAGUGACUCUAGUGCCACUUGCAGCGCUGAUGAAAUGGAGGAGACAGACAACCCAGACAAGAACAGAAUAACUUCUCCACGGCCAAGUCUCCUGAACUACGCUCAUGAUGGAGUGAUAUCCUCCGCAAUGCAGAAGCCCAUGGACCUGAAACAGCUCAAGCAGAGGGCUGCUGCUAUUCCACCUAUUAUGCCAGAUGCCUCCAUGCAGGGCGGUCUGCGGAGUGGAGGUGGCAAGUCACUGCUGCCCCCCCAUGCUCUAGCUUUGUACCAGCAACAGAUCACCAUGGCUCAUGGGGAGUCCUCUCAGGACAUCAAAAUGCAGCAGCAGCAGCAGCAGCUCUCAGGCCAGCCGGGCAAGCAGCAGCCUUACAACUUGCAGGCAGAAAGAGACAGAGAGGCUCUUCACAGCAGCAGUCCUCGUAUUCGCCCGCGCAGCCCUUCCACCAGCGACAAGGAUGAGCUGGAAGGCAACGAGAGGUGGUUACUGACCCUCCUGCAGGGAUUAAAAAAGUCCCGGGCUUUCUCUCCGCACGGCGAAGCCAAGAAGCAGGCACUGGGCCCUGAUGACCUGAGGACCUCCAACUUGGGUCGACCUGUUCUCUCCCCCUAUCCCAUGUCCCCACGAGACAUGGUCAAGAUCAGUCACGACCAGCACCUGCUCCACUUCAACUCGUUCCAGCAAACAGGCCACCCCUCACUCCCCAAUCUGCCCCAGGACAGUGGAAGGCUCGCAGCAGUGAGACCCCUCACGAUGCCGGAGCCUCCGCCUCUCAUUUCCUCCAACAAGCCGGGAGGCUCCAUCACACAGGGCACUCCAGUGCAGUUGCACAGCCCAGCUCACGGGUUGGACCACGGGAAGAUGACCCCCACACAGAUGGGGUUGUCUUGGAUAGAUCAGAGGAAAGUGGGAGGUCCUUUCCCCGUGAUAAAGCAGGAGCAGUUGUCCCCUCGCAGCUCGUCCUCUCAGGCCGACAGCAUGUCCACACAGGGGUCGCCUCAUGAUUCUGGACGUGGUUCUAUUCCAGCUGUGCAGGGGGGUAGUAUCACUAAGGGCAUCCCAGGGCCCAGAAUGCAUCCAGAUUCCCCAAUCUCCUACCGAGGGGGCUCCAUCACCCAGGGGACACCGGCUGACGUGCUGUAUAAGGGAACCAUCACCCGUCUGAUCACAGAGGACAGCGCUAGCCGAGCUGAGAGGGAACGGGAUGAGGCGCUGUCCAAAGGCCAUGUGGUCUAUGAAGGCAUCAGUGGGCACAUUCUCACUUAUGACCGCCCAGCUUCUCAGACCCCUAAAGAUGAGGGCCGAGGCCUCGGGCAAUCUGGGGAACUUCUAGGCCUGAAGCGUCCUUAUGACAUUAUGGAGGGCGGCAUCUCUAGAGGUCUGCCUAUGAGGGAUUCACUGUCUGCUGCCAACUGUGAAGGUCUGAUUGGUCGAGCCAUGCCUCAUGAUAGGGACAGUCCACACCACGCACCUUACAAGGAUGCUCAUCACAUCCGUGGCUCCAUCUCACAAGGUAUACCUCGUCAUCUGGACCCUCAAGAUGGCUACCUGAGGAGGGAGGCUAAGCAGAUGAAAAGAGAGGGCUCCCCACCCCGCGGGCCCGGUUCUCUUUCCGACCCAAUGAAGGGCAUGGUGCCUACGGUGAAGGAGGGUGGGCGCUCAAUCCACCUCAUUCCCAGGGAGGAGCUCAGACAGCCUGGCAAGGAGGGCAUCAUAGCACAGGGAACACCCAUGAAGCAGGAAGCAGCUGGUUCAGGGAAACGUCAUGAUGUCCGCUCCAUUAUAGCCAGUUCACCACGUUCCUACCACAAUGCACCCUCCCACAUGGAGAGGAGCCGCUACGAAGAGGCACCAAAAGGCCGGCCCAGUGCCGUGGUCAGUACAGCCAGCACUAUCGCCCGCUCUUCUCCCCUUACACUAGGGUCAGAGCAGGGAAGCAAGUCCCAUCAUAGUCCAGUGGGCUACGAGGACAAAGCCGCCUUAAGAGCCCCUUACCCUGGGACUUCGCAUCGUGGCUCCCCUCUGUCCAGGGAGGCAAGCCAAAGGCAGCAUGAUGGUGGGUCUCAUACAGUUCCAGGUAAGAAUCCGCCUCAGGAGCGUAAAUCCACACCGACCCCCAGGGAAAUGAAUGCCACCAAAUCACCACUCCAAGGUGUUCCAGAUCAACAGACCUAUGAGCGUCUGCUGCAGGGUCUUGGGGCUGCAGAAGUGUACCGUCAAAUCCCCAUAGCCUUCGAUCCUGCGUCGCUGCCCCGUGGCAUCCCCAUUGACCCAGCCGCCUACUACUUGCCUCGCCACCUAGCGCCCAACCCGGCGUACCCUCAUCCCUACCCCUACCUCAUCCGUGGCUUUCCCGACACUGCGGCCCUGGAGAACCGCCAGACGCUGCUCAAUGACUACAUCACCUCGCAGCAGAUGCACCAGUGGCCUGCAGCUGCUGCCAUGGCCGCCCAGCGCUCAGACCUGCUGAGGGGCCUUACUCCACGAGACCAGCCUCUUCCUAUGCCCUACUCUGCGGCCCCACGUGGGAUCAUCGAUCUUUCUCAGGUGCCACACUUACCUGUCCUGGUCCCUCCCUCUGCUGGGGCAGCCGGCUCCCCGAUGGAUCGCAUCACUUACAUCCCCGGGGGAAGCACCGCCUUCCCUGGCAGGCCUUACACCACCUCUCCCAUCUCACCUGUUGGGUCCUCGCACAUGAACAAGAUGCAAGGUGCACCUUCAGAGCGCGAGCGUGAAAGAGACCGCGACCGUGACAGAGAGAGGGAGAGGGACCGGGAGAGGGACAGAGAGCGGGAGAGAGAGAGGGAGCGUGACCGUGAACGCGACCGAGAACGAGAGCGGGAGAGAGACCGCGAGAGGGAGAGGGACCGGGACAGAGAGAGAGACAGAGAGAAGGGCGGGUCUCUUGGAAAUGUGGAGCAUGCCCCCAUCUGGAGACCAGGGACGGAGCACAGCUUGGCGAGCAGUAGCAGCAGCGUGAGACCUUCCUCCCAACCGUACAUCCACCAGCACUCCCCAGUGUCCCCUCGCCCCCAGGAGAACGUGCAGCAGAGGCCAAGUGUCCUGCACAACACUGGGGGAAAGACUCUUUCUGUCAGCGAACACCCCAGCUCUUCUGUGUUUCGGUCCAUGUCCUCAGGGCCGGCCCGCUACCAAGGUUACCCUGGCCACCUCCAAAGGACAGGUGUGCCCCCUGAGGCCUACCCACCUGCCAUGGACUCAAAUAUAGGCAAAGAGCAGAGUCGCGAUGGAGGCAAGAACCGGAGCGGUCUACCCAAGCACAUGCAGGACCAGCACGGGCCCUCCAGUAAAUCUGACCCCAAGCUGUCCUGCCCCAGCCCAGGAGGAAUGUACCAAGGUUCCUAUCCCUCGGCUUCAGGCCGGCCCCAGCACCUGCUGCCUCCCCAGUCGGAUAACCCUCCUGGCCGUGGAGAAGGCGGUACACCUAGUAGGGAAAAGACUCAAAACAAACAGAUGUCCAUUCAGGAACAAGAGCUCCGAGCACUCGGUAAGACCACCAUGACUGCGGCCAACUUCAUAAACGCGAUUAUUAUGCGUCAAAUUUCUUGUGAAACGGGGAUGGCAGAGACGGGCUCGCUUGUUGCCAGCAGCGCCACUGAUGCUCAACAGAAGAUGGAGCCACACGGUCUGUACCGUCCUCCGUCUGAGGAGAGACUGUCCCCAGGCCAACAGCCCUCGUCCCCCUUAGUUAAAGGCAGGGUGGUCACCCUGGCUCAGCACAUCAGUGAGGUGAUAACUAAAGACUACACCAGGCAGAGCCAGCAGCAGCAAAGCUACCAUGGCUCUCCUGUCCUGGACUUAACUCGCCCCCCCAGUGCCUCCCAGCUCCCCCCGACCUCACAGGACUCUGCCCAAGGGUCCCGAUAUCCAGAGGGCCAUGGCGGAGAACGCAACAGAGACCGGUCUCCUCUUCAGCCCAAGACUUCACCGGUCAGUGUUUCAAACGACGGCAUUGAACCAGUGUCUCCUGCUGGAGCCAUCUCUGAACCUGAAGUCCAGGGAGGGGUCUCCUACGCCAACGAGCAGGGAGAGCAAGGAAUGGGCUCCCGCUCCCCUCCCAACACCUCCCAGCCUCCAGCUUUCUUCAGCAAGUUGACCGAGAGCACUUCGGCUAUUGUGAGGUCAAAGAAACAGGAGAUAAUCAAGAAGAUGACGGUGGUGGGAAAUGAGGGUGAUUUCAAUACGGGUCAGCCAGGAACCGAGAUCUUCAAUAUGCCGGCGUCUACAAAUGCAGGACCCGUGAGUGUCCGCUGCCACCCGGCUCCAGAGACACCUGGUAACUCGAUAGGCCUGGAGGCCAUUAUAAGAAAGGCCUUAAUGGGCAAAUACGAUGAUCAGCCUGAGGAACGCUCUCCAUCCAACCCUUCUAACCUGAUGGGUGCUGGUAUGCCUGCAGCCGACGGACGAGUGGAAGACUUUUUCUCACAAGGCGGGGGAAAGUCCUCAAAGGGCAGCGGGCGCUCUAAUGGGCGGAAGGCCAAAUCUCCAGGACCCGGCCUGUCAGGGGGGGAGAGACCCUCCUCUGUGUCCUCGGUCCACUCUGAGGGAGACUGCAACCGACGGACUCCUCUUACCAACCGUGUGUGGGAGGAUCGGCCUUCAUCCACAGGUUCAACUCCAACUCCCUUCCCGUGUAAUCCGUUGAUUAUGCGUUUCCCCAGCGCGACAGUGUCCGCUCCCUCACCCUCCCCAGGCCAGCUGGGGGGGCAGGCCCCGGGGCCCGGACAGGGCCGGUCCUGGGAGGAGGAGCCCAAGCCUCUGCUCAUGUCUCAGUACGAGACCCUGUCUGACAGCGAGUGACCCGGAAAUCUAUCGUUCCACAAGACCCGCUAACAGUCAACCAAUUCUGUGCUGCUGCAGCCACACACACACACACAGACACACAUACACACACACACACACACACAGACACACGCACGCUGAGGAAUCUGCAAACCUACCCACACCAUUCCACUCUGCAUUUCCUCCAUCAGUCGUCAAGCAAGGAUCGUGUCCUUCUCCUUUCACACACCUGAGACGCCAAGCUGAGACACUGCUGUGUGUGUGUGUGUGUGUGUGUGUGUGUGUGUGUGUGUGUGUGUGUGUGUGUGUGUGUGUGCGCGCGUGUGUGUAUGUAUGCACUUACGUGUUAUGCAUUCACUCCAGGACUACUCUAAAGGACAAAUCACUUUUUUUUUCUCUUUCUUUUUUUUUUUUUUUUACUUUACUACUUUUCCUCACUGGCCUUAUCAAAAUAGACACAUUAACCUGCACCUUUUGGGUGUACUGCUCUAAUGUGCUGACACUUGUGUGGAAGGGACUCCGAGGUCGCGUUGUUGGUCUGCUCAGGAGCCUGACGACGGCUUCUCUAGUGACAGAUUGUGACCCCAGAUCUGCCCUGAGAGCAGCGGCCCACACGGUGAGGACCCUCUCAAGUUUCUUCACGGUGAACUCCAGGUGCAGGCGGCCUGUGCACUGCUACCACUACAAGAACACGUGCGAGGCGACGGGAGGAGAAUCGACAUCUCGUUUUUCUUGUUUCGGUUCUUUCUUUUGCUGCUUUUAAAUUCAGUCAGUCCAGUCCUGUGUUUGGAACGUGAGCUGAGACCUUUAGUACAUUUUGAUGGUGAACUUUUGAUGGUGUCAUUUGUUGUCUAUUAUCUGCAAUGAUGUAUCUUUUUGGGGAC